GUUUUGACGCACACAGACGUAGUUCACAGAUCAUCCAGACCACUCUUGAUCUGACUGCAUUGGGGUAACGCUCUCUAGCCAGCCCAUGCGAAUAAGGCCGCAAGGUCUGCUGCCACAUUAGUACCGGCUGAAUCAAGAAAACAUGGCACCACGCAGAGCAGCAGCAGCAUCGGCCAAAGCACGACUGGCCGCAACCGCCGGUGACGACGAGGCCGGCAAGGAUGGGAGCGACAUUGAGAACGACGUAGCUGUCGCCGCCGCAAAGAAGGUACGCUCCAGAGCUCCCCGACGCACAGUGUCGGGCGCUUCCCAGACCAGUUCGCGGUCCAUGAGGAGGUCAGCAUCUGUCGAGGCAGACGAAGACGAAGUCGAGGGCGAGCAAGAUGAGCCUGUGCUGCGAAGAAAAGCACGAGUACCAGCUCGCAAGGCUGUGCCCGCCAGGUCCAGGACCAAGCGCACAGUGUCAUACGCCGAAGAAGAUAAGGCUGACGAAGAUGAAAGUGAGGCGGGUACCACGGAAGACAUAACAGAUGAGCAGAAGGAAUCUUUGGCACCAGAGCAACCAGCGGCAAGCGCAAUUGAAUCUACAGGCGACGGCGUGGCUGCCAACACGGAAGUAGGUAAGCCAGGAGACUUGAUCAGCAUCUCCGUCGAUGACAGCACAGUAGAGGCCGAGCCCGAAGACGGCGAUAUGACGACUCAGCAAGCCACGCCACAAGCCCGCAAGGUUGGUCUACCCGAAGUAAACACGCCGCUCGUAUCCAGAGUGCCGCACACACCUAGCGCACCUGCCCCUGCCCCUACCGAAGCCAAGACUCGUCUGAUCAUUCACAAGAUGGUCUUGCAAGACUUCAAAUCGUACGCUGGUAGACAAGAGAUUGGUCCCUUCCACAAGUCUUUCUCUGCUGUCGUCGGUCCUAACGGGAGUGGGAAGUCCAAUGUUAUCGAUUCACUCCUAUUCGUCUUUGGCUGGAGGGCAAACAAGAUGCGGCAAGGCAAGCUCAGCGAGCUCAUCCACAACAGUGCUAGCAAGCAAAGCCUGCCUAGCUGUACGGUCGAAGUUUGGUUCCGAGAGAUCGAGGAUCUGCCUGGCCCAGAUGCCUUCCGCGUCGUUCCAGGCUCAAAGCUCGUCGUCGCACGCACGGCCUUCCGCAACAACACAUCUGUCUACACGAUCAACUCGCGCAAGUCCACCUUCACUGAAGUGACGACUCUGCUCAAGGGUAGGGGUAUCGAUCUUGAUCACAAGCGGUUCCUUAUUCUGCAGGGCGAGGUUGAAUCGAUUGCUCAAAUGCCUCCCAAGGGAAAGACAGAGCAUGAAGAGGGCUUGCUGGAAUACUUGGAGGAUAUCAUCGGCACGAGUGAGCUUAAGGUGCCAAUCGAGGAAGCAGCGGUCAAGGUGGACGAAUGCAACGAACAGCGAUCCGUCAAGCUCGAGAGGCUCAAGUUCGUUCAAAAGGAAAAGCAAUCUCUGGAGAACAAGAAGAAGGAAGCGGAAGAAUACCUUCGUGAUCAAAAUGAACUCACGCAGCGCCAGUCCGCACUGUGGCAAGUCUACAUGAUGGAGUGUCGCAAGCAGAUGGCUGUGGCGUCUGCCGCGAUCGAAAAGCUUCAGGGCCGGCUCGAGCAAGAGACAGAGAAGCAUUCUGGUGCAAAGGGUGAAGUCGAAGAGCUCACAGCUGAGCUUACGGUCGUCACGCAAGAGUAUCAAGACGCAAAGCAGGAGUUGGACAAGGUGUCAAAGGAAUUGGCCAAGUUCGAGAAAGCCAGCUUGCAGUCUGGAGAGAAAAAGAAGCACAUCGAAGCAAAGGCCAAGAAACUCGAAAAAUCCAUUGCGGAAAGCAAGCGAGCAAUUUCAGAUGCUCGUGCAACGGCCAGGAAUUCUGGAGAGGAAGCGCAGAAGCUCAGAAGCGAAAUGCUCCAGUUGGAAGAAUCUCUUGAGAGGGAGGAGGUCGCACUUGAGGCUGUUCGCGAGGGACUCAAGGACAAGACACAGGGCUUCACUGCCGAAAUUGAGAAGAAGCAGAGAGAGCUGCAACCUUGGACAGCCAAGUUGACAGCGCAGAACAAUGCACGUGGCUUAGCAGUCGAAGAGCGUACCCUGCUUUCCAGCCGAGAAGAGCAGCACAAGGAGCGCAUCGAAGCCGCUGGCUUAAGUUUGCGGGAGCUUGGCGCCGAGACUGAAACUCAGUGCGACGCGAUCGAGGCUUUCCGCAAAGAGAAGGCAGAUAUUGGCGCCAAGCUCGCUGAUGCCGAAAAGCAGCUUGAGCGCAUGCGAAUAGAGGAACAGAAGCUUCGAUCCGCAGCCGCCGCUGCGCGGUCGAAAGCUGAAGAAGCUAAAAACGCGUCCGCGAACGAGAAGAAUCGCAGCCAGGUACUUAACAGCCUCAAUCGUCAAGCUGAACUUGGCAUGAUCAAAGGAUACCAUGGUCGCCUUGGCAGCCUUGGCGCCAUUGACGAGAAGUACGACAUCGCUAUCAGCACAGCGUGUCCAGGCCUGGAGAGCAUUGUCGUGGACAGUGUUGAGAGCGCUCAGGCUUGCAUUGAGCAUUUACGCAAGAACAACCUUGGUCGUGCCAACUUCAUCUCCCUCGACAAGCUGGAAAAAGGACCUGUAUUAAGGGUGCAGACGCCAGAGAAUGCACCCCGCCUGUUCGAUCUCGUGCAGGCUAAGUCGGACGUAUACGCACGCGCUUUCUACCAUCAGCUCAGAGACACACUCGUCGCUUCAGACCCAACGCAAGCGAGCCGCAUCGCAUACGGUGCCACGAGGUGGCGCGUGGUCACCCUCGCGGGCCAACUGAUCGACAAGAGCGGUGCCAUGUCCGGUGGGGGCUCCAAGGUGUGUCAGGGUGCCAUGAGCUCCAAGCUGCAAGGGGAGCAAAUCUCGCCAGAGAAGCUAGCUCGCCUGGAGAAAGAGCGCGAUCUAGCUGAAGAGCAACUCCGUGGUCACGUCAAGGCGAUCCACGAAGUGCAAGAGAUGGCAGAGCGAUAUCGGACGCGGGCCCCUCAAAUUGACGUGGACAUCGACACGGCGACAAUGGCGAUCGAAAUCAGCAAGCAGAGGCGCAAAGAGUCCGAGAAGCAGCUGCAAAGGUUGAGAUCUGAAGCAGAACCCGACGCAGCAGAGGCAGCUCGGAUCGCCGCACUGGAUCAGGUCAUCGCCAAGGCCGACUCAGAGAUCGAGAAACUGUCUGGAAAGACGGCUUCCAUUGAGUCGGCGAUUGAAGCUUUGCAAGAGAAAAUUCUCGAAGUCGGAGGCAUCGAGUUGCGAGCGCAGAAAAGCAAGGUUGAUGGUAUUGUGCAAAUGAUCGAGCUGAACACAGAAAGGAUCACGAAAGCGGAAGUGGGUAAGGUCAAAGCCGAGAAAGAUAUGGCCAAGGCCGAAGGCUUGGUGGCCGAGCUGGAAACAAGUCUGCAGAGCCUUGAAGCUGAUCUGCAAGAAAUUGGUGCAGAGGUAAAGGGCACUGGCAAAGAAGCGAACGCUGUGCAGGCCGCCGUGGACGACGCACGUCAUCUGGUAGCAGAGAAGCAAAACCAGUGUGAAACCUUGCAAGAGCAGAUCGAGGCCCACUCUGAUUCCAUGAAUGCCUUCCGCGCCAUUGAGAUGGAGAUCAAGCAAAAACUGGAAGACAAUGAGCGUUCACUCGCUGACAACAGCAAGCGUCUCGCACAUUGGACUGACAGGCAUGCAUCCCUCGUUCUUCACGAGCUGGACGACUCGGAGGACGCCAAAGAUGAGGAGGCGGAUGUCGCACUUGAGCUCGUCACAUAUCCAGAAGAUGAUCUCGUCGCGAUUGACAAGGAGAGCAUCAAAGCUGAGAUUGUUCUUUAUGAAGAGCGUUUGUCCAAGGGACACGGUAACCUAUCGAUUCUUGAAGAGUAUCGCAAGCGAGAACAAGAUUUCCUUAAGCAAGCUCGCGAGCUUGAGGCAACGACGCAUGCCCGAGACAACGCCAAGGAGCAGUACGACGAGCUGCGCAAGGAACGCUUGGAACGCUUCAUGGCCGGCUUUACGGUCAUUUCUAGUAAGCUCAAGGAGAUGUACCAGACGAUCACCCUAGGCGGAAACGCAGAGUUGGAGUUGGUCGACAGCUUGGAUCCCUUCAGCGAAGGCAUCAUCUUCAGCGUCAUGCCGCCGAAGAAGAGCUGGAGGAAUAUCAGCAACCUGUCAGGAGGAGAGAAGACCUUGAGCAGUCUGGCGCUAGUGUUCGCGCUUCACGCUUUCAAGCCGACUCCGCUUUAUGUGAUGGAUGAGAUCGACGCUGCCCUUGAUUUCCGAAAUGUCUCGAUCGUCGCCAACCUCAUCAAAGAGCGAACGAAGAACGCGCAAUUCGUGAUCAUUUCUCUGCGCAACAACAUGUUUGAGCUAGCCUCCCGUCUCGUUGGUAUCUACAAGACAUCUUCAAUGACCAAGAGCUUGACGAUCGAGAACAAGGACAUCAACCUUAUCGGGCGGUCGCAGCAGCCACGAGCAAGUCAUCAGGCCCAUAAUUCGCAAGGACGAAGCCUACCAAAGAGCUCAACGCCCUCCAGUGCUGCUCCUACACCUUCUAAGAAAGGCGCAAAUAUGAGCUUUAACGAAAGCGACAUGCUGGCCACGCCCUUAGCCGUGCGUCACAACUUGCAGUAGCUAGAACGUGUAUUUCUUUCCGGUCGUCAGGAUAAGUGCCACGAUAAUUGCGUGUAAUUUAUGACUUGUACGAAAAGGAGAAUGCCC